AUGCUAAAUCCGCACUUGGAUUCAGAAGAAGAAAAAAGAGCUGCACAGUCAAUUAUUGCACAGAUUAGCGUUUACAUCGCAUUAUUGAACGACUCUAACUAUCAAGAGUUAAAAAACCACAUUAAUUUAAUAUUAACCAAGUCUUCUCCGCUUGUUUAUAUCAAAUAUUUGAAAAAGUUAUUGACAUUAACUUCACAGUACAUUAAGGGGAACAAGCAGCUUGAUCUGAACAUUCCCACACACAGGCUUUUAUACAGCGAGUUUCAGAGUCUUGUAGACAAGAGCUCGGAGACAACAGAGUUAUUGAGGUCUUAUAUAUUUGAGGAAUCAUUUUUAAGUCAGUUAUACCUAUCUAAGGAAGAACUACUAGGUAUUUUAGACCCUGUUAAGGAUAAAGCGGUACUUGAAAGGCUAGAACCGCAAGAAUAUAUUUCGAAGUUAAAAGAGAUCAGACAGUUACAAAUGAAUACCACUCACAUUCUACAGCAGUUUAUCUUAAAAGAGUCUCCACAAAUGAUGGAGGAGAAUCUAUCCAGUUUAUUGAAGUCGCUUGAAGGAGAAAGUUUGAAUGACUUUGUUGCGUUAAUUUUGUCGGAGAUAUUAUCUCCAGGAUCGCAAGAACUUCAGUCUCCAACAAAUAGUUGGUUUACACCCAUUAAUGUUCAUGAGGCCACACAAAGAGGUAUGCAAGUCAAUAAUGCACUUUCGAAGGUGCCCCCUUCUGCAAUAGAUUGGAAUCGGGUCUUCAAUUUGGUAUCUACAAAAUAUUUUCUGAACAAAGCGAUUGCCCCAACUUUGGCCUCCCUAAGUUCAACAUUUAGUAUUUUGAAUAAGGGUCCCCUGAUAGAUCAGUUUUUCACCUGCGAUUGGAAUUUGCAUUUUAAGCUUAACUUGGCGAUUUUGUUACAUCAAUGGAGUCCGCAGCAAGGGUGCAUUGAUUUGUUACAAGUCCAAGAUAUGAAAAAAGUUUCUAAUGUAAUUCCCAACUCCAAGAAUUCUUUGCUGUACCUAUUGUCGGUCGCAAAGUUGGAUAUUGAACUCUUUUUAUUAAGGGAAGAAUUUGGUUCCAGCCCAAUGUUCCAGCUGUUCCAUGACUGCUUUUUUGAUGACUAUAAUUUAGUUCCAGAAUACCUAGCACUAACGCUAGUUUCUGAAAGCAAGCAUUUCAGUUUAAUGGUUGAAAAGAAGGCAAUAAUAGGGGAACUUUUGGUAACAUUUGCGGUUCAAGUUUUUGAAAAGUCAUUAAUGGUAUUUAAUGAACUCGUGAACAAAAUUUCAAUUACUAAGAUAAUCGAAGUUGGUAGGAUAAUAAUUAACAAGGAGUCAUUACCGUUGGCAAACUUUGUACAAAUUCUCUAUGAAGAAAAAAAAUUGGAAGACUUUAUAAAAGCUAUACCAUUUAAGGAAGCUUUGAAAGUUACCCCUAGUGCGAGGAAGGUCGGCUGGACAGGGUUUGAAGAUUUUGUUAAAUCUAAAACUACCCCGGAAUCAAUUAAUGCAAUGAUAGAUUUCCUCGAACUGCAAUCAACUAUGGAUGAUCAUAAUACCCCAUACAGGUCGUCCAGGGUGUACGACUUACCAGCUUUGUACUUUAUGGUCACAUUAUUAGACAGUCACUCCUUACCGAAGGAUACCAGAAUUCGUUUGAAUGAUGUACAAUACAAGCUUCUAAACACUUUCCCGAGAUUAAUAAACUUUGGUCAUGGCCAUGACCAGGCUAUUUUGGCAAACGGCGAUUUAGUACCGAUUCCAACCGAUGUGGAAAAGGAGAUGCAAACUUAUUUACAAAAAAUGUACAACAAGGAGAUGCAAAUUAAGGAUAUCGUAGACAUUCUCAGAAACUUGAGGGACAGUGACAGUCCACGAGAUCAAGAUACGUUUGCUUGUAUAACCCAUGCUGUUAUUGCAGAAACCAAAUUUUUUAAGGAGUAUCCGUUGGAAGCUCUAGCAACUACCUCUGUUUUAUUUGGAUCUAUGAUUUUGUUCGAUUUAUUACGUGGUUUUGUUUUAGAUGUUGCCUUUAAAAUCAUUGCUGAUUUCGCAAAAGAGGGCUCCGAGUCUAAGAUGUUCAAGUUUUCUGUACAAGCGUUGUAUGCAUCAAGGAUCCGAUUACAUGAGUUUCCAGAUUUCUGUAAAUCUCUAAUUGAUGAAAAUCCAAGCUUAAAGACACAACCUCAAAUAUUCCAAAUCUUAGUGGAAUCUGCAUCAAAGUCUAAGCAAUCAAUUGGUGGAUAUGGAAGCUUGCAACCCGCUCCAGACAUGAUCACACUUAACUACUUUAAUGUCAACGAGAUCAAUUCCACUGUUCCUCAAAAGAACCCACCAAGAGAGGUAACUGAGAAGGUGUUAUUUGUCUUAAAUAAUACCACCAUGGAUAACUUCAAGGGAAAGAUCCCAGAAUUAAAAGCACUUUUAGAGGAUAAAUACUACUCAUGGUUUUCUAAUUAUUUAGUAAACCAGAGGGCCAAGACUGAGCCAAAUUACCACCUGUUGUAUUCCAACCUGCUGGAGGCUUUGGGAUCUGAUUUAUUGCAUAAGUAUAUGUUGAAGGCUACCUACAAACAGUUAUACUUGCUAUUGUCUACAAAGGAUCUAUCUUCUAAUGAUAAGAAUUUCCUCAGGAACUUGGGUUCGUGGCUUGGUCAUAUCACUUUAGCCGUAGACAAACCCAUCAAGCACCGCAACAUUGCAUUUAGGGCAUUAUUGUUGGAUGCCCACAAGAAUGAAAGACUCGAUGUGGUGGUCCCGUUUGUCACUAAGGUUCUUCAACAGGCAUCCGGUUCUAAGGUAUUCAAGCCUCCUUGUCCAUGGACUGUCGGUAUUUUAAGCUUGCUUUUAGAAUUAAAUGAGAAAGCAAACUGGAAGUUAAGUUUGACUUUUGAAGUGGAAGUACUAUUUAAAGCCUUAGGGUUAAAGUUAACGGAUCUAGAGGCCAGUAACAUUAUGGACAUCCCAGAUGUAUGUGAAUAUUUAGUUGGAAACUUACGAACGAUGACCUUGGAACAGCAGCAAGCUGAGCAACAACAGCAGCUGCUUUCUAUGCAAACCUACGAGCAACAGAUGGCAUUGUUGCACAGACAGCAGCAGCAGCAGCAACAACAACAGCAACAACAGCAACAACAGCAGCAACAACAACAACAACAACAACAGCAACAGCAGCAGCAACAACAACAACAGCAGCAACAGCAGCAGCAGCAACAACAGCAACAACAACAACAACAACAACAACAACAGCAACAGCAGCAGCAACAACAACAACAGCAGCAACAACAGCAACAGCAGCCUCAACAACCUCAGCAACAACGUGUUAUGUCUAAUGGACUAAACAUGCAUAGUGAACAAGCCCCAAUGGACAGCGAGGGAGUGUUCAAUAACUUGGUUGGUCAGUCCGCCUUUGUCACUCAUCCAGAUUUGAAAUUACUUUUCAUAAUGGCAAUGUCAAAGGCUAUUCGUGAGAUACUUGUUCCAGUUGUUGAGAAGUCUUCUAGUAUAGCAGUUAUAACUACUAUUAGCAUCAUGUUGAAGGAUUUCGCGACCGAAGUUGACGAAUUAAAGCUAAAUACUGCUGCUAUUGGAAUGGUCAGGAAAUUGGCUCAGAGUCUUGCACAUGCAACCUGCAUUGAGUUACUAAAGGAAAACAUUCGUAACCAUACACAAGCUCUUACCCCCAAUCUUGUUAGCAUGAAUAUGAAUCAUUCCCCAUUAGACGAAUUGAAUAUGGCUAUUGAUGAUAAUAUUAAUAGCGCCUUAGCUCCUAUCGAAAAGGCGGCCAUGGACAAAGUAACACAGGAUAUAGGUGAACAACUAAUGCAAGCUAUUGCAAUCCGUCGUUACCACAAGGAGAGAAGAUCAGAUCAGCCGUUCUUGGCAUUGAAUGCUAACAAUUAUGCGUUAAAUUUGCCUGAGCCAUUAGGUUUAAAAACUACUGGUAUUACUCCACAGCAAUUUCAUAUCUAUGAAGAAUUUGCUAAACUAAAUGUUAUACCUGAACCAGUUCAACCUUUAAUUGCUUUGCACUCAUUGCCUAACCAACAGCAGGGUAGCAGCAGUCAAUUGUUGCAACAACAGAAACAGAUCAUGCUUCAACAAUUGCAACAAAAUCAAGGUCAAUUCCAAAACGAUGUUAAUGUUCCGCAACAACCGCAACCGGUCUCACAUCAAGUUCCAAUCCAGCAGCCUGUUAACACUAUUCAAAGCGAAUUAGAACAAAACCAAAAGGUAUUGGUCCAAUUCAUGGAUAGAUUGGUGCUGAAUAUUAAAGAGAAUGCUGAAAAGAAGCUUUCGGACCUAGGAAUAGAUAAUGCGAUCAAGGAGACGAUAUAUCAGAUUUUAACUUUUAUUGCCAGGAGUUCCCAAAAAGAUCAACUAGCCUUAAAGGUCUCGCAAGCUGUUGUAAAUAGUUUGUUUGGCACAAGCGAAAGUGUAUUAUGCAGGGAAGUUCUCUCAUUAUUACUUGAGAAAUUAUGUGCGUUGUCCAUAGUUGCAAGAAAGGACGUUGUUUGGUGGCUGGUAUACGCAUUAGAUCCAAGGAAGUUCAAUGUUCCUGUUAUUCGCUCUUUAAUUGAAGUCGGUUUAAUUGAUAUCGCUGAGCUUGAUGUUGUCUUGGUGACAGCGAUAAAGAAUUCCAUGGAAGGAGCUGUUAAAUUUGCUAUGGAUUUGAUUAGGGACACCACGCUUUCAGAGCAGCCGCUACUAAUGCGUUUGGACUUUGUUUGCACACUUGAAUAUCUAAGACUCUACAAUACAGAGGAAACCAAGGAGUGUUUCAAGGAAUUCACAAAUUCCAAGAUUUUGCCUGUUCCAAAGAAUACCAGAGCCACUCGAAAGGAAAGAAUCUGGUUAGUAUUUACUGAAUGGGUUAAGCUUCUGCAGCGAGUCAACAGUGAUAGUGUGGUUGCCAAUGUAUUUGUCAAGCAGCUAAUGGAUGCUGGAGUAAUUAAUUCCAGUGACAAAACAAUUGAAUUUGUUAAAGCUUCUCUCGAAUUGGCGGUUAGUUCCUUCAAGGAAAGUGAUCCUACCGGAGAGGUAUUUACUGCUGUUGACGCGUUGAGUAAAUUGAUUGUGAAGUUAUUACACUUACAAGAUUUCCGUGAUAGCAACAGAGUACACUACCUAAACUUGAUUUUUUCUACUGUUACAUUAGUACUUGCUAAAGAUCAUGAAGUGAACUACCUAUCCUUUAAUGAGAGACCAUACUUCAGGUUUUUCUCUAGUCUGUUAUGCGAAUGGCAGACCUUACGUGGCCAUAACUUUGUCAAGGUGAAGAACGACACAUCAAGGCGCGAGCUACUUGAGUUUGAUAGUGAGUUUUACAACAUCCUUGCUUCCUAUUUGCAUAGCUAUCAAUUGAUUGCAUUCCCAGGUUUUGCAUUUGCGUGGAUCACAUUAAUUUCACACAGAAUGUUCUUACCCGCAAUCUUAAGACUACCCAACAAUGCCGGCUGGCACAACGCUGUGUUAUUAUUAUCUGAUUUAUUGAAGUUCUUAUCACAGUACAUCAAAAAGGAAGAUACCUCUGAUGCUGUUUCCGUUGUUUACAAGGGAACUCUCCGUAUCUUCCUUGCGAUUGCUAACGAUGUCCCCGAGUUUUUGGUCGAAAAUCACUACGAGUUGAUCAACCACUUGCCAGCUUCAUGUAUCCAACUGCGCAAUAUUAUUUUAUCUGCGUUCCCUAAGAAAAUGUUGGUUACAGACCCCUACCGCGCUGACCUCAAUAUGAAAGAACUUGAAGCCUGUGAGACACCUCCAAAGGUCUUCUACGACCCUGUGCAAGAUUUGAAAACAUUGAAGAAGCCUGUAGACGGUUAUUUGAGAAUACCCUCCUCUUCGUUGAUAAGAACAAUUUCCACUGGGAUAUACAGAUCUGAGUACGAGAAGGAAUCAGGUAUUGGUUAUGACAUGAACUCCAUAGAUAUAAGGCUCGUAAACGCUAUCGUUCUGCAUGUCGGUAUAGAGGCCGCCCAAGAAAGACAAAAAACAAGCUUCAACGCGGUCUUCAGCACCAAGUCCUCCUACUACAACUUAUUAUCUGGCUUAAUUAACGAAGGCUCCGUAGAAGUGAAAUUCCACAUAAUACAGGCCAUGGUCAAUCAACUGCGUUACCCUAACGCCCACACACACUGGUUCAAUUUCGCAUUGAAUAACAUGUUUGUUUCUGAUCAAUGGGGUGACAGCAUCCUGGAGGUACAGGAAAUAAUAACUAGAGCUCUACUAGAAAGAAUGAUUACAAGUAAACCUCACUGUUGGGGUGUUGUUGUUACCUUCGUGGGUUUAUUAAGAAAUACAGAUAUCCAAUUUUUAGAGCUGCCAUUUAUCAAAGAGACGCCAGAAAUGCGACUUAUUUUCCAAAACCUCUCUAAGUAUCUGGUCAAUCCAAGUAUAGACACUAAUACUACUGUCCAAGAUUCACCCUUGACGCAAAAAACCUGA